UAAAAACCAUUUUUGGUUGGGCUACACAUUUGCUCCCCUCUAUACAGCAAAAGGAAGAGAGAAACAGGGAGAGCGUAAAGAAGCAAUCUUUAGAAGCAUUACGUGAUGAUAGAGGAAGGCCGGGGCGGGGCGUCUCCGCCGCAUGGUUUUCUACUUCUACUGGUGGCCGGAGUACUGGCGGCGGCGCCAUUCUUCCUCGGAGACGUGGGCGAUGCCGUACCGGAAGCCAUUUCGGAUUUGCUUACCCCAGUGGGCCUCCUGCUCCUGCCUGUAGUGCUCGUUAUCGUUAUCCGGUUCCUCUCUUCGGACCGAGCUUAUGCUAUCUCCGAUCUCUUUUCCUUUGGGCCGCCGGACGCCAUUCACCGAGUCGGCGGAUCCCCCUUAGGCGUCGCCGCCGUUCUCCUCCUACUUCUGCUUCUUCUCUACUAUCGCGUUACCAUCUUCUCCGACGAUGACGCCGGCGACUGAGGCGGUUCGGCUGCUUUCCUGUUUUGCCCCUGCACAAUGGGGGUGCUUUUGUCUAUAUCUUCAUGUUUUCAGAUCUGAUGCUUUGUUUGUGUGCAUCUAUGAAAUGCUGAUAUGGGCAGAUCUAGAAAAAUCUUACCUUUUUUUAGACGGGUUGGACAAUAUUUAGUGCUUAUUUGGUUGUGCAUCUGCUUUGGAGAAGAAUGAUUUUAUUUUCUUA